UAUUAUUUGAGUGAUCAGCUCUCAGUUAUGCCUCUUUGAAAAGUUACGGUUCAGUCGUACUGUUUUGGAAUAUUACGUAUACUUUAAACAAUCUUUACACUUCGAAUAAGAAAAAAGAUGGCAUUUACAUUGUGGGGCUUGAUAGAGGCUUCACUUCUUUUUUUUAAUGCUAUCUGUAUUUUACAUGAAGAAAGAUUUCUCGCAAAAGUUGGUUGGGGAGGAGAGCAAGUUCAGGCUUAUGGAAGUGGACCAAGUGUCAAACUCCAAAUGUUGAAUCUGAUGCGCUCUGUGAGGACUGUUAUGAGGAUUCCAUUGAUAUUCAUAAACAUAGUUGUCAUCUUGAUGAAAUUGGUUCUUGGAUGAAAUUUCAUGAAGUCAUUUUAAAUACAAGUUUUUGCACGAA